CCCAACCGGAGGGGCGGACCCGCCUCACGGAGCCGCACCGACCUCCGCCCGCACCCCGGGGGCGACAGCCGCCCUCUCCGCGCCGCCAGGGGGCGCCCUCCGACCCCGCCACGGCGCCGGCGGAGGGAGAAGAUGGCGGCGGCCGCCUCCGAGCAGCAAAGUUCUAAUGGCCCGGUGAAGAAGUCUAUGCGAGAGAAGGCUGUGGAACGCAGGAACGUUAAUAAGGAGCACAACAGUAACUUUAAAGCAGGAUACAUCCCAAUUGAUGAAGACCGUCUCCACAAGACAGGCUUACGUGGCCGGAAAGGCAACUUGGCCAUUUGUGUGAUUGUUCUUCUUUUUAUUUUGGCUGUCAUCAACCUUAUAAUCACCCUGGUUAUCUGGGCGGUGAUUCGAAUCGGUCCCAAUGGCUGUGACAGCAUGGAGUUCCACGAGAGCGGCUUGUUGCGGUUUAAGCAGGUUUCCGACAUGGGCGUUAUACAUCCCUUGUACAAAAGCACUGUAGGAGGCAGACGUAACGAAGAUCUGGUGAUCACCGGAAAUAAUCAGCCUAUUGUAUUUCAGCAAGGCACGACCAAGCUUAGCGUGGAAAAAGACAAAACUUCUAUUACCAGCGAUAUCGGCAUGGAAUUUGUUGACCCACGGACACAAAAUACCUUGUUCAGCACAGACUACGAAACUCAUGAGUUUCAUCUGCCAAAUGGAGUUAAAAUCUUGAAUGUACAAAAGGCCUCUACAGAGAGGAUUACCAGCAAUGCAACCAGUGAUCUCAACAUAAAGGUCGAUGGCCGUGCUAUUGUCCGUGGAAACGAAGGUGUUUUUAUCACAGGCAAGACCAUUGAGUUUCGAAUGGGGGGAAACAUGGAACUGAAAGCAGAAAACAGCAUUAUCCUGAAUGGAACUGUGAUGGUCAGCCCGUCGCGCCUGCCCAGCUCCUCGUACGGGGAGCAGUUCAGUAACAGCAACUGGCUGCGCUUCAAGCUGUGCAUGUGCGCGGACGGGACGCUGUUCAAGGUGCAGGUGACGGGCUCCAACAUGGGCUGCCAGACCUCUGUCAACCCCUGCGGAGCCACCCACUGAACCACCAGCCACUACCAGGAGAGUUCUCUUUUGUGUUUACAUAUAUUUGUAUGAAGUAAUUGCAUGCCUUCGAGGGUUUCUGUUUUUACAGCGGUUUAUACUAACAUUUAUUACAUAGUAUUUUUAAGGAGAGGCUGUUACGUUCAGCAGUAUUAUGUCAUCAUCCUGCCAUAAGAGUGGCACUGAUUUAGCACGCCUUCAGUCCACACGCCUACUGAAGUUCCUUCCUGAAGUGGGAUCAGUAGAACAUCUUUAAAAACAUGAUCUUAGCAACAACCUUGAUUGCCUUCACUUGCCUUUGGAGGAGGGUUUUGUCCUACAUCCCAAGACCUUGAGGGCUGCUGAGGACACAACUGCGAUCUGAAGUUCUUCAACAGGAAUGUCCAUUUGUUGUUGGAUUUGCCUGGGAUGGCUGAAAUGGCGAUGUUUUGGCUUCUCUUCAUUUCUUGCCAAAGGUUGAUAUAAUGAUUUCCACCCCAAAAUUAUGCGGUUUACCAUAUGUGUACUAAGAGAGGGGUAAUGGCAGAUUCACUUUAAAAUACUGCAUUAUUUCUGCCAUAUAUUCUCAUGUAGUUAAAGAAAAAAUUAUGCUAGCACAAAUAAUAUUUGCAAAGUAAUAUUGAGUGUGGAAAUGUAACCAGUUUGGAAUAGUCUUGUGAUUACUGAAGUGUUGCUUGAGCUCUCUCUGUGCAGUUUGGGCAUUCUAUGGUUGCUUAAUUUACAUAAAGUAUUUAUAAAAUCUAUUUAUAUUAGAAGUACAUUUUAAAAGAUGUGCUUAUAACUCGCUCACUACCCAAAAAAAGUAUUUUCCUGGGUGCUUUAACAUGAAAUUCAACAGGUACUAAUCUAAAGCAUGGCUGUCGCAGUGCUGCCUGAGACCAGGUCUCAUUUUCCCCAGAAAUGCCAGUACUGACACAUUACUGAGAACCUCAGAAUUCAAUUCCAAAGUUGAGCUGCAGGUCUGUAAUUCUAAACGUGGUGGCGGCAGAUCCUGCGACAGCAGAGUAAAUCCACCUGUGUCUGAAGUUGUCAACCGUGAAACUGUGUCUAUGGUGAAGUGAAGUGGGGCCUUAAAGAAACUCUUACAGCCUGAUGAUAACUGCUUUAGCAGAGGUAGGGUGUUCUGGACUAAAAAUAGUCCAGCUCGUUAUAAGUUUCCCACUCCUCCCUCCCCACGUAUUCUCUUCAGUUGAAAAUAGUUGUGUUUUGCAGUAGCACCAAGUAACCCUAAUGAUGGAGGCCACAGAGGUGACUUUGCAAGUAGCUUUUUGACAAGUUUUUCUAGAUAAGCACGUGCUUCUUUUCCUAAAAGUUGUGCAGACAUUACACAUUAACUUCAGAAUCGAUGGUUUGUCGCGGGCAGAUAAACUGCCUGCCUGUGUUUGAUAGCUGUCAAAGUGCAUGGAAUUCCACAAAAUACAUGCAGCAAGCUGCAGCAAGAACUAAGAUCCCAAUUCCUGUGUUUGCUAGAGGAUGAGUGUGGGUGGACAUGAUUUCCAGAGGGGGAUCCUCAGCUCGGGCACUGCCCCGUGCAGGAGGUCAGGGGGGUCACAGUUCCCUCUUUUCUCUAAGGCACAGGUGGGUUUUGGUGCUGAGGAGUUGUUGUGGUCUUGGGGGGUGGACGGCAGUGGAGCUGUUCUAACAAAACCAGAAUAAAAUGUAGCAACAGCCAUCGAAUUGCUCACAUUAAAGGUAAUAGGGAAAUACUGACAUUUUGCAUCCUGCCUCCGUGAACUUCAUAGUUUCAGUAGUUAGUGUUUAUUCAGCACUUCAACACGCGUUUGCUGAGAACAUGCACACAUCUUUGCUGCUAAAAUAGUGCCCUAAUUAUUAUGUUACAAUUAAGAGGAGGAAAUACACUAUAACAUUUUUAGAAUUUUCACUCACCUUAAUGGAACUUUGUCACUUUAUUUUUAUAUAUAUAAAUACACACGUAUAAAAAUAUAAGCAGCAUUGUUGCAGCUGAAAUAGAUCUUCAAACUGACAGCUACUGCCUCAGUCAAGGAGAUUACACAUGAAGAGCACAUCAAAGCUCCUCUUUGGUUACUACUGCCAUGCCUAUAUGCUACUCUUGGAUUCUUGUACUUAUCAAGAGUUCUUUUUUAAACACCAUAUGCGACAGAGCUGAAAGAUGUGUCACGAAGGUACUCUUAAAUCAUGGUCUGGGGAAUUGGUAUUGAAGUGUGGAUUUUUUGUCAAAAUGUAGCAAAACUGAUCAUGCAAAUACCAAAUGAAAUGAAUUAUCGAUGCGUUAGCCACCGUUUAUGAUUUGUUAAUAUAUUUUGUUGCCUUCACUACACAGUUUGAGAAAUGCUGGCACCACACGUGCCCCGUGUUGCGUGUUGAUUUGUUGUUUAUCUCCUAACUGCCUAACCUACAUUUUUCUUUAUGUACUUAAAACAUGGUGUGGCGCAUUAUUUAUUUCAGUCCCAUAGAUGCACUUGAGAUUUUGUGUGUUUAAAGAACAUUGUGCACGCCUCUCUGUAAGACACCGUCCCGGGGACGCUGGGACAGCUUCCCUAUGAGGAGUUGUCAGCGUGUGUAACCGCGGCAGUUCUGGCAGUAGGCGAAAGACAACUGAAUUUCUAAUCUUUGUUUUGAAACGAACCAAUAAAUUUUAAGAUCAAGUCUUAUUUGUAA